AUGGGAGUUCCAACCCUGUUUAAAUGGCUUGCCAAAAAGUACCCCAAAUCGAUCAUGAAUUGCGUGGAAGAAUUUGGCACCAUGGUCGAUGGUUUGUAUAUUCCCCCAGAUGUAUCAUUACCAAAUCCAAAUGGAAUUGAAUUUGAUAAUUUUUAUAUCGAUAUGAACGGAAUCAUUCACAAUUGUUCUCACAAUGAGGGACUGGAUAAAGUUCCCGAAACCAGUAAGGACACCUUCGAAAACAUGUUUAUGUACCUUGAUCGGCUUUUUGAAAUUGUCCGUCCUCGAAAACUGAUUUAUCUGGCUGUCGACGGAGUGGCGCCGCGUGCCAAGAUGAACCAGCAACGAUCUCGACGUUUUAGUGCUUUUCAAGAGCGGCAAGAUCGAAAGGACGCUGAAGAUGAGAUUCGCUCCCGGAUGUUGGCAGCAGGAAAAAAAGUACCUCCUCCGCGCACCAGCUCGUUCGAUUCCAACAAAAUCACUCCCGGCACCGAGUACAUGAUGGAGAUCUGCGACAACCUCCGCUGGUACAUCGCCGAUCGCAUGUCGCACAACCCCGCGUGGCAGAACGUGACAGUAAUCCUCUCGGACGGCUCCGUCCCCGGCGAGGGCGAGCACAAAAUCAUGGACUACAUCCGCCGCGAGCGCGCCCAGCCGGGCUACGACCCGAACACGAAACACAUCAUCCACGGCCUCGACGCCGACCUCAUCAUGCUCGGCCUGGCCACUCACGAGGCGUACUUCUACAUCCUCCGCGAGGAAGUCACCUCCAGCACGCUCCAAGUCACUCGCUGCGCUUUGUGCGGCUCCGAUGGCCAUUUAGCCGCGCAGUGCCAGGGCAAAAAGCCGCAGCCGCGCGGCGCGCUGACCCGCGAGAGCAAAUACAUGAAGCAGCCGCUGCAGAUCCUGCAGCUGCCAGUGCUGCGAGAGUAUUUGCAGGGCGAGUUCGGGCUGCUGGAGCGCGUGAUUUCGUUCCCUUACGACUUCGAACACGUGCUGGACGACAUCGUCCUGCUCUGCUUCCUCGUGGGGAACGACUUCCUACCUCGCCUGCCCUGCCUCAGCAUCCGCGAGGGCGCGCUGGACCUUCUCUUCAACCUCUACAAGUCCAUCCUCCCCGCCGAGCGCGGCUAUCUCACCGCCGACGGCGGGAAAAUCGAUCUCCCGCGCCUCCACCGAAUCUUCGAGGAGCUCGCCAAAGUGGAGGGAGAAAUUCUCAGACGACGCAGGUGGAUCAACCGGGACAAUCAGCAGCGCGCGCGUGCUGCGAGAACCGACCAUUUGCUCAAAGCGCCCGAAGUGAAACUCCCCGUGAAGCGGAACCGCGAGGAGAUUUCGCUGGAGAACGAAGACGAAGAUGACGAUGACCAAAAUGGCGGCGAUUUUGACAAGGAAACUGCCGUGGAUUCGGAGGAUUCCGCGAAGGAAAAAAAGGCGGCAAAUUUGGCGGCAGCGGUGACGGACGCGCUCUUCGCCGAACAAACCGCGAAAAUCGACGCAGACGCGGCAGCCAAUCAAAACCAAGACACAAAUCCGAGCGAUGGGAACACAAAUCCGAGUGGUGGAAACGGAGAAACCGCCUCGAGCGCGCUGAGUGCGGAAGAGAAAGACAAGAUCGAGAUGGAGUACUUCUCGCUGGAGUUUCUGAAGGAGUGGAAGAAGCGAAACACGGACGACAGCGUGCAGGACACGAUCCGGCUGGGCGAGGAGGGCUGGAAGCAGCGGUACUACCGCGAGAAGUUCUGCCGGAAGCCUGGAGACCGUCUGGACGGUGCGUUCUACCGGUCGAUCUGCACGUCGUACGUGGAAGGCCUGCGCUGGAUCAUGCUGUACUACUACAAGGGCUGUCCGUCCUGGGACUGGUUCUUCCCGUUCCACUUCGCGCCGUGCGCGUCGACGCUGGCCGAGUUCUCCUACGAGGCCACGCCGUUCAAGGAGGGAAAGCCCUUCCGCCCGCUGGACCAGCUGAUGGCGAACCAGCCGCCGGGCUGCGCGUAUCUGCUGCCGAAGCCCUUCCAGGAGCUGAUGACGUCGCCGAACUCGCCGAUCCGCGAUUUCUACCCCAAACGAAUCGAGUACGACACGGACGGACUGCCUUUUCGCUGGCUGUGGACCGCGCUGAUCUCGUUCAUCGAUAAAGACCGACUGCUCGCCGCUAUCGACAGCGUGAUGGACCAGCUGACUCCCGCAGACCUCAUUCGCAACCACGUCGGCGUCGAUCUGCUAUGCGUUCGCAGAUCCAUUCCGGAGGUGCAGCCCAAAGAGUCCGAGACCAAGACCAUGGGACUCAUUCUGAAAGCCUAUGAUGAUUGCAGGCAGGACACGCUCGCAUUGCAAGUAAUGCGAUUGCUGCAGAUCAUCUGGGAGGCCGAAGGAAUCGACAUUCCGCUUAUGGUCUACAAUGUAACCCCUGCCAGAACGAGUACGGAAGACAAGGUGAUGGGAGGCAUUAUCGAAUGCGUCCCAAAUAGCGAUUCGCGAGAUAAUCUGGGGAAGAAGGGAUUCACCACGCUGAAGUCGUACUAUGAGUCGUUGUUUGGACGCGAGGAUGGAGAGAAAUACGAAAUGGGACUACGAAGAUUCAUUCGAAGUUCGGCGGCCUAUGCAGUGGCUUGCUAUAUUUUAUGGGUCAAGGAUCGGCAUAACGGCAACCUCAUGAUCGAUAAUAACGGAAAUUUGAUUCACAUCGAUUUUGGCUUUUUGCUGGGUACUUCUCCCGGAGGAAAUAUCGGUUUUGAGAAGGCGGCGUUUAAACUGUCGAAGGAAAUGUUUACGUUACUUGGCGGGAAAAUCGACGCGCCUGCCUUCCAGGAGUUUUUGGACCUCACGGUGGAGGCUUUCUUGUGUAUUCGAAAGUAUUGGAGCCAGAUCUGCUCUCUGGUGGACUGCAUGUCGGAUAGCGGAUUGCCCUGCUUCCUUCCGGACACGCUGGUGAACCUGAAGAAGCGGUUCACUCCGGAUCUGUGCGAGAUGCAGGCAGCGAAGGGAAUGUACGACCGAGUAGGGGGAGUUUGGGGGGAUGUGAGUUGUAGUCGAUUGAUUCAGAAGAAAAGCUUACGACGAUUCUGUACGAUGGUAUUCAGGUGA